AUGCCUGGAGAGAUUGAAAAGCUACACAGGGCAGAGACAGGCGAGGCAGGCUUUGGCUUUUCUCGCCUGGAAGCCACGCUGGGCACCAACACAGAGGUGGUGCCCAGACCCAAUUCGAGGGAGACGAACGCUGUCUACCGACACACCAACGCGGAUGAUCUACAAAUGUCCAACGAACUGAACUUUGACUACGCGCUGGACGCGGGCGACUAUCCGCUCGACAACCUCCAGUCUCUCCAGCAAGUGUUUGAUGCUGUGCAGUUUCAUACGCACUUGGGAAAAUACGAGAACUUCUCCGCCCAGACGGAGAUUGAAUGCCUAGAAGUCACGCACGCCGGGGCAGAAUGGAGAACGCUUGAUGAUUAUGGACUGAAGGAUGUCAUACAGGUCAGUCCCGGUUGA